AUGUUGUGUCUGCAGCGAUUCGCUGGCGGCAGAGGCGCGCAUCUUCGUGAUCUUGUCGGCUUGGAAAGAAUAUAUCAUGGACGAGGGCAACAAGCAAGGUAUUUGCCAGUAGUAGGGGUUGCUAGACUUUUGACCACCAAUCCGCCCCGUUCCUUUCAGAGCUCAGGAACGGUAAACCUGGAGGACUCGAGGGGAUUCGUACUGGUGGACGGCGCGUCUGGUACAAGACCAAAUGCGGUCGUGCUUCGAGACUAUCAGCGGGACUGUGUGGACAAAUGCCUUUCAAAGCUACGGAUAGGUAUUAUGAGACAAGUCGUUUCUCUACCUGUUGGCACCGGCAAGACAGUCAUCUUCACACAUCUGAUGAAACGAGUCCCUCCACGAAAGAAUGGCGGUAACAAAGUCUUGGUCCUGAAUGAGCGUCAAGAACUAUUGUACCAAACCUUCGAAUACAUAUCCAAGCAUAGCGACAGGUUGAGGGUCAGCAUCGAACAAGCAGGGCGCCCUGCGGAUCUCACUGCUGAUAUCAUUGUGGCUAGCGUACAGACCUUGGGACGAUCAAGCUCCCCACGGCUUUCAGCGUAUGACCCUAAAGAUUUCAAGUGCAUUGUCGUGGACGAGGCGCACCACGCUGUCACAAAGACCUACACACAUAUCUUUGAGCACUUUGGGGUGGACAAAAAGGAAACGGAGAUUUUCUUGGUUGGGUUCUCGGCUACUCUGAGGCGACAUGAUGGAGUGAAGCUCGGUGGUGCGUUUGACCAUAUCUCCUACCACAGGCCACUGAAAUAUAUGAUCGACAAUGCAUGGCUGUGUCCUGCUCGCGUAGAGUCAAUUGAGACGGGCGUCGAUCUUCAAAACGUAAGGACAGAGAAGGAUGAUUUCAUCCAAAAGGAUCUCUUCAAGGCGGUCAAUACACCCAGCCGGAACGAGGCUGUGGUGCGUGCUUACAAGCAGUAUUGUGCUGGGCGACAGUCAGCCGUCGUGUUCUCUGCUGAUGUAGCUCACGCAGUAGCACUCACCAAGACCUUUCGCAAGCACGGUUGUCAUGCGGAAGUGAUAACAGGGAAGACUAGCGAUAUCGGUCGUAGUGAACUUUUGAAAGCGUUUAAAGAGCGCAGACUUCCGAUCAUCGUCAACUGUGCCAUCUUGACCGAAGGAAUAGAUAUUCCCCCGAUCGAUUGCAUUCUUAUGGCGAAGCCUACGAAAUCAGAAGUUCUUUUGAUGCAGAUGCUGGGUCGCGGAAUGCGCCUCUAUGAAGGCAAGGAGGAUUGUCUCGUCCUGGAUUUUGUGGAUAAUAUCAAAGGCGAAAUCGUCGGAACGAUACCCACUUUACUGGGGCUGGAUCCAAAAACUGGGUUAAGCAGUAGGUCU